AUGUAUGAUUCGCCUUGGGUGUCAGUUCAGAGAGCACGAUCGAUCUGGGCCGUAUCAUUCUACCUCAGCCUUGUUCAAGCGAUUUUGACCGCGGACANCAGACUGACCACAACGCCCCAACUCCGAUUGAAUCGUUCAGUUCGCAAUCAGUUGACCGCAGAUCAACCACUGAACUCAGACCAACCCGAUACUCUCGUCACGCUGUCCUAUGGGAUUAAUGCAGAUCGAAAAGCCUUAAUCACGUGUGAGGUUGUCUUGGAGAACGAUGCCACAUCUUUUCUCCACAGUGGGGCAAAAUCGAAAGGUAAACAGCAACCCGGAGCAUCGGUACCAGUGGAUGAACCUAGUCAAUGGCCCGCCAUCAGCGCGGUGUAUUUGCUCUGUCCACAAGUUCAAACAUCGGUGUGCUACAUGGAUUGUAUGCCUAGUUGUGUACUUGGUGAGAAUGGUUGUCACGUGCCAAAAGCCAUUUCGAAAGUUAUUGACGGGUGCACUUACGAACGUCCCAGUCCAACCCGAAUUCUGGUCAGCUAUGUUGUCAAUUUGGAAUCGUUGAACAUCAGCGGCCAGUGGAAUUGUGAUUAUCAAGGUCAGCGGGCUAUUCGACCAUUGGAUCUACGCGCUGCCGAAAGAAGGAAGACACAGGCGAGCACAACUACCUCUACCCCGAUUAGCUCAACUUCAACAACACUGCCACUAACGCGAGCUAAUCCGGUUACUCUACCCUUGACCAAACCCGAAUCUGUGACGCCCUUUUCAUAUCAACCCCGAACCCUAACCGUGACGCGAAAAUCUAUGUUGAACAAAUGGUCCUCAUCGGAAACAAAGGAGUUGAAUCGCUCUAAGAUAAAAACAAGUGAGCAUUGA